UACGCGCGCGGCCGGGCUUCGUCCCCAAUGAUCACUAGUGCUUGCCAUCCUUGCUCCGCCUAUUAAUAGCGUUGGCCUGUAACCUCCCUGCCUGCCAGAGCACCCCGUCGUCAUCCUUCCUUCCCUGCUUCGAUCGCCAGCCCUUAGCCUCCUGUCGUCUCGUCUCUGGAUCCGGCCGGCCGCCUGAGCGCCGGGCCGGGGCGCGGGGGCUAGCUAGCCAGCGCGCUAGUCUCUCGUCCCAGCGUCGUACGGUUGUGUGGGUGCGUGCGUGCUAGCUGCCGGCAUUGCGCGAGGAAAUUGAGAGAGGCGGCGCGCGGCGGCAUGAAGCUCCUCGUCCUGCCGCCGGCAGCCGCUGGGUCGGCGCCACCGCCGUGUCCUUCCCGCUUUCUCGUGAAAGGUCCAUGCCGCAUCUGGGGCAAAGCUGGGGCGACGGGGCCCCGCGGCACGCGCGUCGCCCGGUGGAGGGCGCAGGCCCGGACGACGACAACGCAGGCCGACAACGUAUCCGCUGCUGCUCCUCCUGCUAAAGUACCUGCAGUGUUCCAAACAACCCACAUCGAAGACGAUACUGAAAUCAUAAAAUGGCCUGGGAAACCAGAGGAUCUUGAUGAGUACCGAUUGAUCCCUGAGGCUGAUGGGACGGACUUGCAGCCACUCAUCGAUCAGGUGAGGGAAAUGCUAAGAUCAAUGAAUGACGGGAAUAUCAGCAUCUCGGCGUAUGACACAGCGUGGGUUGCACUGGUGCCGAAGCUGGAUGGCGGGGCCCCACAGUUCCCGGCCACCGUGCGUUGGAUCGUCGACAACCAGCUGCCUGACGGCUCAUGGGGCGAUUCGGCCUUGUUCUCUGCCUAUGACCGUAUGACAAACACCCUGGCCUGUGUCGUUGCACUGACAAAAUGGUCUCUUGAGCCCGAAAAAUGCAAGACAGGGCUAUCUUUUCUCCAUGAGAACAUGUGGAGGUUAGCAGAGGAAGAGCAAGAGUCAAUGCCCAUCGGCUUCGAAAUCGCAUUCCCUUCUCUCAUUCAGAUAGCUAGGAACUUGGGCAUUGACUUUCCAUAUGAUCAUCCAUCUUUACACAGCAUAUAUUCGAACAGGGAAAUCAAGCUGAAGAGAAUCCCAAAGGACAUGAUGCAUAGAGUUCCUACGUCAAUUCUGCAUAGCCUUGAAGGAAUGCCUGAUCUUGAUUGGGCAAAGCUUCUGAAUCUUCAAUCAAGUGAUGGGUCCUUCUUGUAUUCUCCUUCAGCUACUGCAUACGCACUUAUGCAAACUGGUGACAAGAAGUGCUUUGAAUAUAUCGAUAGGAUAGUCAAAAAGUUCAACGGAGGAGUCCCCAAUGUUUAUCCGGUCGAUCUUUUUGAGCACAUCUGGGUCGUUGAUCGAUUAGAGCGACUCGGGAUCUCUCAUUAUUUCCAACGUGAGAUUAAACAAUGCAUGGACUAUGUGAACAGGCACUGGACUGAAGAAGGGAUUUGCUGGGCUAGGAACUCUAAUGUAAAAGAUGUUGACGACACGGCUAUGGCUUUUCGACUACUACGGCUACAUGGAUACAAUGUCUCCCAAAGUGUGUUUAAGAAUUUUGAGAAGGAUGGAGAGUUCUUUUGUUUUGUGGGACAAUCAACCCAAGCUGUCACGGGGAUGUAUAACCUCAACAGAGCCUCUCAGAUAGGAUUUCAAGGCGAGGAUAUAUUGCACCGUGCUAGGAUUUUCUCAUAUGAGUUUCUCAGACAAAGAGAAGCCCAAGGCAUGCUCCAUGAUAAAUGGAUAAUUGCAAAGGAUGUAGCUGGAGAGGUACAAUAUACAUUAGACUUUCCUUGGUAUGCGAGCUUGCCUCGCGUGGAGGCAAGAACCUAUCUAGAUCAAUAUGGUGGUAAAGAUGAUGUUUGGAUUGGAAAGACUCUCUACAGGAUGCCUCUUGUGAAUAACGAUGUAUAUCUGAAGUUGGCAAGAACAGAUUUCAACAAUUGCCAAGUUCUACAUCAGCUUGAAUGCCACGGGCUUCAAAUGUGGUACAACGAGAAUCGCCUUGAGACUUUUGGAGUGGCACCACAAGAAGUUUUGAGAGCUUAUUUUUUAGCAGCGUCAUGCAUUUUCGAACCAAGUCGUGCUGUUGAGCGGCUCUCAUGGGCUCGAACGUCAUUGCUUGCCAAUGCUAUUUCUACACAUAUCCAAACUAUUUUGUCAGACAAGAAAAGAUUGGAAUGUUUCGUGCAUUGUGUAUACAAAGAAAAUGAUCAAUCAUGGAUUAAAACCAAUCCUAGUGAUGCUAUUCUUGAGAGGGCGCUUCGGCAACUUAUUGACUUAUUGGCACAAGAAGCACAGCCAAUUCAUGAAGGCCAAAGGUUCAUACGCAGUCUCCUGAGUCUUGCAUGGACUGAAUGGAUGAUGCAAAAGACAAAUAAACAAGACAACAAUUGUAACAAAUCUAGUGGUACAGAACCACGACACAUACAUGAUAAGCAAACUUAUUUGCUUAUAGUUCAGAGUAUUGAGAUUUGUGCUGGACGAGUUGGUGAGGCUGUAUCUGUGAUAAACAACAAGGACAGUGAUCGGUUUAUCCAUCUCGCGUGCACUAUUUGCGACAGCCUUAACCACAAUGUGUUAAUAUUCCAGGGUACUGAGAAGAAUGAAGCAACAAUGAAUUGCAUUGACAAGGAAAUUCAAUUGAAUAUGCAAGAGCUUACUCAAUAUCUCCUCCUGAGAUCAGAUGAGAAAACCAGUAACAGCAAGACCAAGCAAACCUUAUGGGAUGUCCUGAGAAGCUCCUACUAUGCUAGUCAUUCCCCACAACAUGUCAUGGAUAGGCAUGUUUCGGAGGUUAUCUUUGAGCCAGUUUAAAAAGGUUCAAUUGUUCGUCAUUUGUAGGUUUAGGUGUAAAUAUGUGUAUAUAAGAAAUGGAUGUAAACAAUAAUAGUAGGGGAUACAUGCAAUUGUAAUAAGCUGAUAGAUGCUUAGAAUUGAAAUCAGUCUAGCUGUGAGAUCUAGAAAGUUCAUGUAUAAGUAGUCAUAUUGUAAAUAGAGGUUUUCAUUUGAAUAAAAUUUUGUAUGGCAAAUGUCAUCUGUAUUGGUUCA